AUGACAUCGUACGCUGCCGUCAAGUCGCCGACGGCCGUCGAGGCCAGCGUCUGGGGCGAGAAGGCCCACCCGCUCGAGCGCGCUAACUGGUUUGUCAACGGCACCAUGGGCUGGAUCACGCCGCUCAUCACGCGCGGCGCCAAGAAGACGCUCACCGAAGACGACGUGUGGCCGCUGCCCUUUGCCGACACGACGCAAGAGCUCCAUGCGCGCUUCAUUACCGAGUGGGACAAGGAAAAGCACCGCCCGACGCCCAAGUUUCACCGCGCGCUGUGGUACGCGUUCCGGUCCCGCGUCUCGUUUAGCUUUUUCCUCUUCUUUCUCUACGCCGGCCUCCAGCUUUUGCAGCCGCUUCUCAUCAAGUCGAUGCUCGAGUUCCUCAAGGCGCCUGACACCAAGACCGUCACCGAAGGCAACCGCACGGUCACGGUGGCCGCCGAGAUCCACACGUCGCUGCACAUUUCAUCUGGGUACGCGCUCGCCAUUUGGCUCACGGUUCUCUCGUUCGUCUCGGUCACGAUCAUCGACUACGCCCAGUACGCAACGUCGCACCUCGGUAUCAACGCCAAGUCGAUCAUGAUCGACAUGGUUUGCUACAAGACGCUGCGGCUCUCGGGCUUUGCCAAGCAAGAAAUGACGACCGGCGAGAUCGUCACGAUGGCGUCCGUCGACGCCGAGCGUCUCUCGAUGGGCUUUAUGCUCGGCUACUGGGCAUUUGUGAGCCCGAUCAUGCUCGGCGCAGUCUUCGUCAUGGUCGGGAACGAGCUCGGGUGGCAGGUCGGCCUCAUCGGCGCCGCCUCCAUCUACAUCUUCCUCUACGUCGGGUACAUCUCGGGCAUGAAGGUCGGCGAGGUCCGCCGCGACCUCCUCAAGGUCCAAGCCGAGCGCGUCAAGCUCACCAACGAAGUGCUCCAGGGCAUCCGCGUCGUCAAGCUCUACGCGUGGGAGGCGAGCUUGGAGGCGCAACUGGCCGAGAUCCGUCUCCGCGAACUCGCGUUCCUGAAGUCGUACCAAACGCGCCGGACGUUCAACACCGUGCUCAUGUACAUUGGCCCCGUCUUCUCGCUUGCGCUCUGCCUCAUGUACUACGUCGCUCUUGGCAAUGAGCUCACGCUCCCCAUCUCGUUCACGGCGCUCGCCUACAUGAACACGGCGCGCAUGCCGUGCACGAUCUUCUCGACUGCUGUCAUGUCGGUGGCCGAAGCGAUUGCGUCCUGCCAGCGCGUCAGCAAGUUCCUCAUCUCGGACGAAGUCGAAGUGCUCGCGAUUGAAGCCGGCGACGCCAUGGUCAACAUAGCCCACGGGGACUUUAGCUGGGCGGCACCGGACGCAUCGACGACGACCGACGUUGUUGUCGACGCCAACGCUCAGGCCGACGCGGUGACGCCGUCAACUCUGACGCUCAAGAACAUCAACCUGCAGCUCGAACCCUGCAGUCUCACGAUCGUGGUCGGCCCCGUCGGCAGUGGCAAGUCGAGUCUCGUGAGUGCGAUCCUCGGCGAGAUCCACCAAGUCGGUGGUGUCCGCCAUGUUAUCGGCAACAUCUCGUACUCGCUCAAGUCGACGUUCCCGCACCUGAUGAACUUCACCGAGCACAAGUCGGCCGAGCCGUCCGACGACGAAGGCGACAACGAUGAUGUGCAAGACGCAGCCAAGGACGAAAAGAAGGCGGGCAAGGAGACGGCAGGCGGCAAGCCCGCGGCGCUCGAGAAGGUCGGACCCAACGGCAACGGCGGGCUCAUGUCGAAAGAAGACCGUGGCAAGGGCGCGGUGACCAUGGGCACGUACAAGAUGUACUUUGGUGCGAGCGGGUUCAACGGCUACGUGGUCGGCUUUUCGAUCCUCGCCUUCUUCACGCUCGCGCAGACGUCGCUUGCGCUCACGGAUUGGUUUAUGAGCUACUGGGCCAACACGUCGUGGAUGAACACCAGUGUUCGCUACGGCUGGGUGUACGUUGGCAUCGCGCUUCUCUCGUGCCUCCUCACGUACGGCCGGUCGCUCUACGUGCUCUUCAUUGCGAUCCUCUGCUCCAAGUCUCUCCACGCAAUGCUCUUCAAGAAGGUUGUCAACGCGCCCGUCCCGACCUUCUUUGACAUUACGCCCAUGGGUCGGAUCCUCAACCGGUUCUCGAGCGACUUGGACCAAGUCGACUCGAUGCUGCCGUACAUGGGCCUCCUCUUCCUCCAGUUCCUCUUCCAGGCGAUUGCCGUCCUCGCCGUGUGCAUGGUCACAACGCCGUGGAUCCUCGUCGUCUACGCGCCGCUCUCGUUUCUCUUCUACAAGAUCCAGCAGUACUACAACAAGAGCGCGGGCGAGCUCAAGCGUAUGGACGGUAUCGCGCGGUCGCCCGUCGUGACGCUUGUCCAAGAGACGGUCUCGGGCCUCUCGACCAUCCGCGCCUUCAGCAUGGCCGACGCUUUCCUCCGCAAGCAGCGCGACGCUGUCGACAACUAUGUGAGCUUCUCGUUUGCGUACAUGUGCGCGGGCCGCUGGUUCCAGAUGCGCCUCGACUGGCUCAGUUCGGCCAUCAUCGCAGGCGUCGCCUUCAUUGCCGUCUUUGGGAAGGACUCGAUCGGACUCGUUGCUGCCGGUCUCUCGCUCACAACAUCAUGA